GAAAUAAAAUGGAAAAGGUCUUUGAUUUACAGUCGACAUGAUCGGCACAGAAUUCUUGGAUUAUUUAUCAAAGUUCCAAGUCGCUACCUAUGUCGGAGUUGAAGAUUUUGCGGAUAAAUUUAAUUUUCUCAUAACAGUUAUGGUUCUUAUGCUUUGUACAACAAUUGUCACUAUCAAACAGUAUAUGAUGAAACCGAUUUCAUGCUACAUGGCAACAGAUUUGGGUGGGAAAAACUUAUUAGAUUAUGUUGAGAACUACUGUUGGGUUCAGGGCACUGUCCCUAUAGCAUAUUCUGGUCGAGUACCAGAGACAGAUGAAGGUUGGGCGGAAUUAGAGAAGCAUAAACUACUGUAUUAUCAGUGGGUGCCAUUUGUUCUUGGCCUACAGUGUAUUUUAUUCUAUUUACCUCGAUUAAUUUGGCAAAUGAUAUGCUAUAACAGAGUUGGGACAGAUGUACAUCAUUUAGUCUUAUGUGCUAAUCAAGCAGUACAUGCUAAUGAUGAACAAAGAACUAAAAUGGUACAACACUUAGCAAAAACAUUAGAACAAUUAUUAUUUCAGCAACGUGAAUACCAUCAUGGAUUAUGGCCUCGAGUACGUCGUCGAAUGAAAAAAUGGGGUUAUUUAUUCUUCAUAAGUAAACGUCUUGGGACACGAUUAUUUGGAAUUUAUUUAUUCAUUAAAUGUCUUUAUUUAUUAAAUGCAAUCGGACAAAUAUUUAUGAUGCAAUCAUUUCUUGGUUUAAAAUCAAAUUAUACAUUAUUUGGUAUAACUAUAUCUAGAAAUAUUUUAGCUGGUCUCGAUUGGGAAGUGACAAUGAUUUUUCCACGUGUUGGAUUUUGUUUAGUUCCAUUAAAACAUUUUGGAUCUAAUAAUUAUGCAACAGCACAAUGUGUUCUACCAGUAAAUAUGCUUAAUGAACGUAUUUAUAUGUUUCUAUGGUUUUGGAUUGUUCUCACUGCAACAAUUACAGCUAUCAGUAUACCAGCGUGGUUUACACGUAUGAGUUAUGAAAAAUCACGUACACGUUUUAUAAAAAAAUAUUUAAAACUUGGUGAACAAGUUAGUAGGAAAGAUAGAUAUAUGGUAGAAAAAUUCACCGUAUUAUUUUUACGUAAUGAUGGUGUUUUUCUACUGCGUAUGAUUGCUAUCAAUGCCGGUGAAUUGAUUUGUUCUGAAAUAGUUUGUCAAUUAUGGCAUAUAUUUCGUGAAAAAUAUUUUUAUCGUGAUUUCACACGUUGUAAACGUGGUUGCGAUGAAAUGCAUCAUUUAGGCUUGAGAUUAUCUCGUGGUAUUGUCAAUUUAAAAGAAAGGUAUUCCAAAGAAAAUAAACAAAUUAAAUUGGAAGCUACAGCUUCAGCACCUCCACUUACUGAUGCACCUCUUGGAACAGAUGAAGACGAAGGUGGUUACGCUGAUGAUGAUGAAGAUGAACAGAAAGAUAUAAAAAAACAUUAUAGCAAAAAAUAUUCAUGGGAACAAAAAGAGUCCGUUUAACUAUAUUAUUGUUAACACACAUAUCGUCACCUGUAACACAGUCAUAAACGUUGCUUUGAGAUGUACAGAUUACAUAUUCAGCUCAUUUUUUAUAAACAUUUUUUAAUGAAAAAUAUUUAUUAUUAUUUUUUUGUUACAUCUGCUAUUUAUUAGUGAACGUAUUGAAGAUAUCUAAUGAGUUAUCUUUAGUUUACUCUCCUUUUUCUUGUGUUCACUCAAGAAAACAAUUUCCCCUUUAUUGUACAGUUAACCUUCUCAUUGAUUAUGUUUUCUUUUUGUUUUUGAAUGAUCAAGAGUUUAUGCAUUUAUAUAAAUCAGUUGUAAUUAAAU